AUGCGUACACUGCUGUGGAAAAACUACACUCUCAAGCGUCGACACCUGCUCGCCACUGUAUUUGAGAUCGCUCUUCCGUGCAUCUUCGUGCUGCUAUUGGGUGCACUUAAGCACCUCGUGGACGACGUGGACGUCCCGGCGGUGCCCACAGAGCUUCCUAAAUGGACUCAGUACGAGACCUCAGUCACUGGACUACUGUGGUACAUGGCUAGGCAGUCCGUGGCGGACGGAAUGAAGCUGAACGAGCUGUCGACCAGUGCGUACAAAAUAUGUACGACCGGCGUGGCGAUGAACGGACAUGUGGACGCAAACGCUUCGUCUGAGUCCAGUGUACCCACCGAAUGUGGCGGGCGCGUCGUACCGUACAAGAUCGCGGUAGUACCGGAUAAUACCUUUACAAGAGAGUAUUUCAUCCAGACGAUGAAGCUCUGGUAUCCGCGUGUGAACAUACUGAACCUGUCAAACUCGCUACAAUUUGCAAGUCUCAGUGAAAGUGUCGCUUUCUUCGAUUCUGAAGAGGCACUGGAAGCAUACGUAAAAGGGAAAACCUACGGCUCCAGUCUGGAUAAUCCGAAAAUCUACGGCGGAAUCGUGUUCGACAAAUAUCCAAGCAGUGAUGAGAUCGGAUCCUUCUCAUCCAUCGAAUACACACUUCGUCUGAGCUCGACUGAGACGAACAGCGGAGCGCUUGGACUUAUCCCUCCUACGAACGGCAACGCUGCCGCUUUGUAUCCGUCGAAAAAAUCCAUCUCGACAGAUUAUUACACACGCUACACACUGACGGGCUUCAUGACGUUGCAGACGCUUGUGACGCGCUUCGUCACGUGUAUGCCCGACUGGGACGCAGCAGUGCAGACUACUAGCGGCCAACGCCAACGUGAGCAGUCCACAGCCGCACCCUCGGACGAUCUGGACGAAAAUCUGUUAGAAUAUCUACAGAGCGACGCGAUACUAAAAUCUGCUGUAAGCGAGAGAUUUUUACUGACACCACUGCGUCAAGCUCCUCAGCCUUAUCUCGGCUCUUCUGUGGCCCCGUUCCCCAUCGAAGCGUACUCGAGUUCGCCCUUCUACGACGACAUCUCUGGCGUCUUCGCGAUCAUCUUCAUCCUGUCGUAUCUGUACACCACGUCGCGGAUUCUGGUGGUUUUUAUCCAGGAGAAAGAGCUCCGUCUGCGUGAAUACAUGAAGAUCCUGGGUGUCAAGGAGCCCGUAAUCAUUGCCACGUGGUACAUCACGUACACGCUCAUCCAGUUCCUCAGCGCUGUUCUGCAAGCCGUCUCCGGCCUCAUUGGCCUCUUCGCCAACAGUUCAGUGCUCGUCAUCUUCCUCUUCUUCUUCUUGUUCGGACUGAGCGUCCUCUGCUUCGCCUUCUUCAUCAGUACCUUAUUCAGCAACGCUCGUACCGGUUCUUUCGUCGGUAUGAUACUGUUUUUCUUGAUGUAUUUCGUGGCUCAAGCAUUCACCGACGACUCUCCUGAGCCAGAUAUUACUCAGGCUUGUAUCAUGCCCCCCGUCGCGCUGUCGUUUGGCUUAUCCACCAUUGCAGACUUCGAGACGUCGGGCAUUGGCGCCAAUUUCGGCAAUUUGGAUACGCUCAAUGUGAAUUUUCGACUAAGUACGGCCUUGCAAGUCAUCCCCAAGCAAUACGGCACCAGCCUCAAUGCUGAACUGCGCGAACAAGAACGUCGAGGCGAGGCUUUAUCCGUGCAAAAUCUACGCAAGACGUUCGAGGUGCCAGGAGGUACAAAAGUGGCUGUGAAGGGCCUGAAUUUGGUCAUGUACAAGGACCAAAUCACGUGUCUCCUGGGUCACAAUGGUGCUGGAAAAUCCACGCUGAUCUCCAUGCUUACAGGGAUGACUGCGCCUUCAAAUGGAGACGCCAAGUACCGUGGAUUAUCCUCGACUGAAGACAUUGAGGAAAUCCGCGAAUCUCUCGGAAUCGGCUUCCAACACGACGUUCUAUUCGAGGAUUUGACGGUACAAGAACAUCUGCUAGUGUUCGGACGCGUCAAAGAAUACCGGAACGCAGCGCUGGUGACACUUGUCGAGUCUCAAAUCCGAAUUAUCCGGUGGGAUGAAGCGUAA